AUGAAAGCCCUUAGUAGUGUUGCGCUGGCCACGGCCGCUGCCGCGGCGUCUUCGUUGGCCCCUGCAUCCGCGCCGACGGGGGCAUCCUACGCAUCUGGGUUUGAUAUGACCCGGAGCUGGGCCAACCUCAGCCCCUACCAGGAUGCUGAUAGCUUCGGCGUGCCCAAGGGCAUGCCACAGGGCUGUGAGCUAUCGCAGGUUCAUGUUCUGCAUCGCCACGCCGAGCGCUAUCCUACAGAUUAUCCGUUGGAUGGAGCGGGCAUGCAAGAUUUCGCGGCCAAAUUGACAAACUACAGCAAGGCGCACGCCGGCAAAGCCGUGGCAACUGGGCCGUUGAGCUUCCUCAAUAACUGGGAGUAUGUUAUUGGCGAAGACACUCUGAUGGAGACUGGCGCGGCCACAGAGGCCACGUCCGGCGCUCAUUUCUGGAUCAAAUAUGGUCGGCUGCUGUACCGACCUGGCCACGACAAUAUGGCUGCUUGGAACUCGGAUCUGAAUGUGUGGCCCAAUGGCACCGCGCGCCCCAAGCCAGUCUUUCGCACCACCUCCCAGGCCCGAAUCUUGGAGAGUGCUCGCUGGUGGCUGAGUGGCUUCUUUGGCAACAGCGGCGCCAAUAGCUCAUACGAGCAGUAUGAUCUAGUUGUGAUCCCCGAGGUCUAUCCUUUUAACAACACCUUGGCUUCAUAUGAAUCGUGUCCCGGUGAUAUGACUGAAGGGAGACGUACUAAAACCAUCCGGCAUAGUGAUGAUGCCGCGGAGACCUUCAUUGCCCGCUACACCAAGCAUGCUCGUUCUCGUCUCUCUUCCUACUUCCCUCGCGACUUUAACCUGACUGCCAUGGACGUGCUGGCCAUGCAAAACCUGUGUGUUUAUGAAUACACCAGCCUUAGCGGCUCAUCAUUCUGCUCCCUGUUCACUGAACAGGAGUGGAAGGACUUUGCCUACAAUGUUGACAUUCAGUACUAUGGAGACUAUGCCUAUGGCUCCCCCACUGGCCGUGCUCAGGGUAUUGGAUAUGUCCUGGAGCUUGCCGCCCGUCUCCAGCAGAAACUCAUCACCUCGAGCGAUACCAGCAUUAACUAUACCUAUGACGAUAACAUCUCCCAGUUCCCUUUCAACCAGCCCUUCUACAUGGACAUGUCCCACGACGAUAUUAUCCUCUCCGUUAUCUCUGCGCUUGGCCUCGACUACUUUAGAUUCGGACCCCACGGCCUGCCAAGCGACAUUGACCACGCUCCCAAUCGCACCUUCCAAUUGACCGAGAUGACCCCAUUCGGCGCCCGUUUUAUGUCUGAAAUUUGGACCUGCCCUCGCAACAUCUCAUUCAGCAGUCUUGAUCCCGUUCUUUACAGCAACCCGGAACUUGAAACAACCUCGGGCACCACAAACUACAUUCGUUUUGUGUUAAAUAAUGCUCCUCUACCUCUGGGUGGGCUGAUUGGUUGCGAGCACGCCCAGAACGGCUUUUGUCCAGUAGACAAUUUCCUGCGUGGAGUUCCAACUCUCAAAGAGAAGGCCAAGUACCAAGAAGCCUGCUUUGGUAACUAUACCACUGGAAGCCAAGUUGGAGAUGGCGCUCCUAAUUCUUGA